AUGAAUGACUUCAUAAAGGUCGACUUGGUGCACAAUUUGUACAAAAACAAAAAAUGGAGAGAAAUAAAACUAAACAAAUAUGAAGCGAUAGAGAAUAUAAAAAAGAAAAUAUACACGCACACAGGAACAGCAUGGGACAACAUGAACUUGUAUGCAUAUGACGAAUUAAAUAUCGAAAACAGUCAAGUAUUCUUAAGUAAUGAUCAAUUUUGUCUAAAUGAUUAUCAAGUUAAAGACAACUAUACAAUCUAUAUACAAGAAAAAAAUAAUCCUGUCCCAAGUGAUAUAAUUUAUCAUAUAGAUGAUACGGAGCAGUUGGAGAAAUUGAAACACUUGAAAUAUGAAAUGAAGGAGGAAGAUUAUGACAAGCGACAGGAUACAUUUAGAAAUUUCAUAAAAAAAAUUAGGUCAAAAGAGGGAGUAAAUAGGGAAAAAAAUGCACCAGUGGGGGAAAAUUACCAAAAUGUAAAUGCGUUAAAUGAAAAUACAAGCAACAAUAUGUAUGAUCAAGAAAUAUACAAAAUUGGAAACAGGUGCAGAAUUAAAAUAGGGGAUCGUAGAGGUGUUUUAAAAUUUAUAGGAAAAUUAAAAAAAGGGAAUGAAAUUUCUGUUGGUGUAGACCUAGAUGAACCUUUAGGUAACUCCGACGGGACAUAUCAAAAGAAGUAUUUAUUUGAAUGCAAGGGAGACAAAUAUGGCUACAUUGGGAACAUAAAUUCAAUUGAAGUAGGGGACUUUCCUUCUUUCGACAUUAUGAAUUUCGAGGAAUUUUAA